AUGGAUGAAGAUGAGCAAGAGCAGCGGCGAAGAAAGGUGGAGGCCGGGAGAGCGAAGCUUGCUCACUUCCGACAGAGAAAAACAAAAGGUGACUGUGCGCAUCCGAAGAAAAAGACGGCGAAGAGGAAGGGCCCGGCUGUCGAUGCGCCUGUCCAGGAGGAGAGCCCGGUAGCCACCGAAGAUGGUGGACUCCUGGGAAGAGGGGAUGUUUGCAAAAACACACCGUGCAGCGACACCCCUGAUGGGGCAGGAGCAGCUCAGGCCCUGGCACCCACCAGUCAGCAUUCCGUCCCUGUGGAUUUGCCUGUUCCGGACAUUGCAUAUUCACAGAACCACACAGAACGUGAACAAGAAUGUAUACUAGAAAUUGCAGAACGGAUGAGAAGACCGGAGGAUGAGGUUGGCACACAGCAACCGGUGGAGAUGUGGCAGGUCCAGCUGCAGACCCAGGUGACCCGGGAUGCUUGGGCCCCCAUCCAGGUGCUCGGGCAUGGCUGGUCCCUGCACACGCACCCUGUGUCUUACACUCGCAGUGCCACCGCCAUGAACAAGGCCAUCCUGAAGGCACAUCUGACUCCCCUGGUGCCUGCCACCUACAGGGAGCACGGGCCGGUGCCCUCCCUGGAGCUGGAGGCGUUGCGCCUGAGUCUCAGCAACAUGCACACGGCGCAGCUGGAGCUGACGCAGGCCAACCUCCAGAAGGAGAAGGAGACGGCACUGACGGAGCUGCGGGCCAUGCUCAACGGCCGGCACGCCCAGGAGCUGGCCCUGCUGCGGAGCAGACAGCAGCAGGAGCUGGGGCUUGUGCGGGAGCAGCACGCGAGGGAGCAGGAGGCGGCGGCGCUGCGGUAUAGCCGCGAGACCGCUGAGCUGAAGGAGAAGUUACAGUCAGAAAUGGAGAAAAACGUGCGGAUGAUCGAGACCCUGAAGCAAGACUGGGAAUCCGAGAGAGGUUUAUGCCUGGAAAACCUACGCAGAGAAUUGUCUGCAAAGCAUCGAUUGGAGUUGGAGAAUUUACAAGACCAGUUUAAGAAAGAAUUGGCAGAACAGAAAGCUGAAUUGGAGAAGAUUUUUCAAGCCAAAAAUCAGGCUGAAAUUGCGCUGAGGACUCUGGAGGCUCAGCAUGACACAGACAUGAGGAAGCUGCGCGAAGACCUGCAGUCUGAGCGCUGCCGUCACUUAGAGGACCUGGAGCUGAGACUCCGUGACCAGGAGAUGGAAAAGCAGCGGGAGGUAGAGAGCCUCCGAGCAUCCUACGAAGAGCUGAAGGCUCAGUCACAAGAGGAAAUUCGGCGCCUGUGGUCCCAGCUGGAGUCCGUGAGGCCCGACAGACAGGACCUGACUGAGUUACCCGACCAGCUCCUGGCCCACGCGCCUCACGUGGAAGGACUGGGGCACCUAAAGCAAGACUUCCAGCAGCAGCAGCAGCAGCAGCGAGAGAAAACCGAGCACGAGUCUGAGCUGGAGCAGUUGAGGAUUUAUUUUGAGCAGAAAUUAAAGGAUGCUGAGAAGAGUUACCAAGAAGACCUGAUUCUGUUACAGCAGCGGCUGCAGGAGGUGAAUGAAGAGUCUUUUCUGGAAUCUGUGGACAUCAGCUGGGGCUCUGCAUUGGCUUCGGUGAGCACAGCCCGGGAGGGAGGAGGGCUCGCCAGUCAGUGGUACGUGCCCGUGUCCUCAGGUCCCAUCUCCCUGAGUCACCUGGCCCCCCUGGAGUUAGAAGCAGCCCACUGGCGCCAACUAGCAGCAUUGAAGUCUUCCCUGGAAGGCCAGCAGGAGGUGGACCUCGCAGGGCCGCAGGUGAUGGAAGGGGAGCAGCACACAGGGUUCUCAGAAGGCCCUGAUGAAGAACUUGCUCGAGUGCCUCUCCUGUGUGCGCAGGACACAGCCUCGGAGGUAGAGACAGAGGUGGCAGCCAGAGUCUUGAGUUUAGAAGCUGAGCACAAGCUUAAACUCUCAUUUCUUCAGUCGGAGCUCAAGGAAGAAAUUGAUGUCUUAAAACUAGAAAAUAGAAAUUUACACGAGAGGUUGCGGCAUGAAAUCCGCCUGAAGGAGGACUUGGAGAGGGUAAAAUAUAACUUAGUUGAAGAUCACCAGGAGGAGCUGAAGAAAGCUAAGGAGAAGAUUCAACUAAUGAAGCAAGAAUUCAAAGAAAGAGAGGAGGAAUGGAAGGUGACAAGUGAGGGUCUAAAGAGAAAAGCUGAAGAGGAAGUGACGCUGAUGCUCCUUGACCUGAGGGAACAAGCUGAAUCUGAGAAACAGUUAAUAAUAAACAAGUUUGAGCUUCGAGAAAUCAAAAUGAGGCAACUUCAGGAUCAGCAGGCGGCCCAGAUCCUGGAACUGGAGGGGUCCCUGGUGGAGCAGCAGGGCCGUCUACGGCAGCUGGAGCUCGGGCUCGCUGGGGACGAGUUUCCGCAGUGCAGCCAGUGUGGCCGGGAGCCAGGUGGUGGUCUGGCUCCUGUGGACAAGGACUGGGAGCUUGCUACACUCCGCCUGAAGGAGGAUUGUGCCCUCCAGCUGAUGCUGGCCCAGAACAGGUUUUUAGAAGAACGGAAAGAAAUCACAGAGAAAUUCACCGCGGAGCAGGAUGCCCUCCUUCGGGAGGCCCAGGAGAAGCAUGCCCACGAGCUCCGACUCCUCCGGGAGAGACACCAGCAGCACGUUCUGUCCUUGACGGCGGAACUGGAGGCCAGACACCGGGCUCAGGCGGAGGAGCUGCGGGCCUCCAUGGAGAGUGAGCACUGGGCUCUCUUAGAAGCCCGCGUGGCUGAACUGCGGACGAAGCACGCUGCCGCGGUCAGUGCUUUGGAGGCCAGUCACUCGUCACAUCUGGAUUCCCUGGAGUCACGUCACCGGUCUGAGAUGCAGGCCGUGAGGGAGGAGCACAGACAGGCUUUGGAGCAGCUGCGGGCACACCUCGCGGAGCAGCUGCAGGAGAAGGACGCGUCUCACCCUGCGGUGCUGACUCGAGAGCCAGAGGACGAGCUGAACCGUGGCCGGGACCUUCCGCCCGUAGAGGACAGCCUGAGGACGCCCGGGAGCACCAGCUGUUCUGAGGAUGGGAAAGCCCUAGCUCCCCACGAGCUUUGGGGAGCGCCACAGGGUGAAUUCGAAAGUGAAAAGGAAGUUGCUUUACAUGAACAAGAGAAGAUACAUAGACUUGAAUGCGAGCAAGUGCAAAAAGAGAAAGAGUCUUUGUUUCUGCAGCUUCAGGAGAAGAAUAACCAAAUUCUGCAGCUGGAAGACCAAAUUUUAUCCUUAAGACAUGAGGUAGAAGAGUGCCAUUCGGAACUGGAGAAGCUACAGCAAAGGCAUGAAAGGGAAAACCAGGAAGGCACGAAUCUCAUUUCGAUGCUGAAGUCUGACAUUGACCUGUCUGACCGUGAAAGGAGAGCUCUCCGAGACACUCUGCGGAGGCUGCUCGGGUUGUUCGGAGAGACGCUGAAGGCCGCCGUCACCCUGAAGAGCCGGAUCAGUGAGCGCGUGGGGCUGUGUCUGGAGGACGAGAGCCCUCGUGAAGUGCGGCCCAGUGGCCAGGGCCCGUCUGCAGUACCGGUGCUCGAGGAGACGUGGCCUGAGGCAGCCCUGCUGGAGCUGGACAGAACUUUGCCUGAAUGUGCAGAGGUGUCUUCAGAGGCUGAAAUUAGCAGUCACGUCUGUGAAAGCUUUUUCAUGAGCCCAGAAAAUUCACUGGAGUGUGAGCAGCCAAUUAGGAGGAUUUACCGGAGCCUUGGCCUGGCAGUGGACGGCCUCCUGGAGCUGGCUCUGGACUCCACCAGGCAGCUGGAGGAAGCACGUCAGAUUCAUUCUCGUUUUGAGAAAGAAUUUAGCUGUAAGAACGAGGAAACAGCGCAGGUCGUUAGGAAGCACCAGGAGUUACUGGAGCGCCUGGAUGAGGAGAACGCGGCCCGGACACGGCUGACGCUGGAGCUGCACCAGGCGCGGGGUCUCAUCGAAGGGUUCAAGGUGGAGCAGGCCAGCUUGCAAGAGGCGCUGGGCCAGAAGGAGACAGCCGAGCAGGGCCUCGCCGUUGAGCUGGAGAGCCUGAGACGGCAGCUGGAGCGGGCGACCCAGCAGCAGGCAGAGCUGAGGGAGGAGAACUCUGUCCUGUGGACCCAAAAGGAGACCUUGGCCGCAGAAGCAGGAGAGAGAGAAGAUGCUCUUCGUAGGGAGGUGGAGUGUCUAACCCAGGAGCAGCUGGAGGCCAGGAAGCAGUCUGAGAAAGACCGCGCAGUUCUGCUCUCGCAGAUGAAGGUGUUCGAGGCUGAGCUGGAGGAACAGCUCUCUCGGCACGAAGCGUGUGCCAAGCAGGCUGAGGAGCUCUCGGCGCUGAGGCAGCAGAUGGCGGCUCUGGACAAGCAUCUGCGGAGCCAGCGCCAGUUCAUGGACGAGCAGGCUGUCGAGCGGGAACACGAGCGGGAGGAGUUUCAGCGGGAGAUCCAGAGGCUGGAGGAGCAGCUCCGACAGGCGGCCCGGCCACGGGGCCCAUGCGUCCGCGAUGUAAGUCAGCCCCAGCUGGAUGAGGAGGUUGAAUUGCUACAAGAAAAGUUGAGAGAGAAAUCAGAUGGGUUUGAUGAACUGGUUAUAAAGAAAGAAUUGGCAGACAGACAAGUGUUAAUCCAGGAACAGGAAAUUAAACGUCUCCAGGAGACAAAUGCCAGCUGCCGAAGAGAAGCGACUGAACUACGAGAAGAACUGGAGAAGCAGAGAAACACCGUGAAAGCGCUGCAGCAGGAUAAAGAGGCAUUACAGGAGCAGCGUGGAGUGGUGUCCACACUGCAGUCUAAACUCGAUGAGGGCAGUUGCCCCACACCUCCUGCAGGCACUUGUCCUGAGAGCCCAGAAGUCCAAUUAGAGGCAGUACAGACAGCGCUCCGGCAGCGGGAGAGUGAGGUUUUAGACUUGAAAGAACAGUUAGGAGAGAUUAAGGAUGACUUAGUCAGCAAGUGCGAUGAAGGGCUGCACCUGAACGUGAAGCUGGACACACAGAGCAGCCGUGCCUCCGUCAGCCUGCGAGAACUGCAAGAGGAGAAUGCUCGCUUGAAGGUUCCCUGUGACAGAAACUCAGAGAUCGAGGAGCUGAGGUCCGUCAUCGAGAAUCUGCGAGAGAACCAGCAGCAAAUGCAGAAAGAUAAGGCAGAGGAGAUGGAGCAGCUCCAUGAAGUCAUCGAGAGGCUGCAGAGGGAGCUCUCCCUCGGCGGCCCCGCGCCACUCGGGGCCCAGGUCAGCGAGCUGCCCGGUGACCCUGUGGCCAGCCCCGAGGCGCUGGUGGCGACGGAGCCCGCGGGCCGGCUGCUCUCGGAGCAGGAGCGCCAGCACGGCCAGGCCCUGGAGGCCCUGCAGCGGCGCCUGCAGGCCGCUGAGGAGGCCGCCGCGCGGAAGCUGGCCGAGCUGGAGCACAGCGCAGCCCUCAGGGAGGCUGAGGUCCAGGGCAUGGCCUCCCAGAUCCAAGCCUUUGAAGCUGCCCUAAAAGCAAAGGAAGCGAAGAUUGCAGAAAGGGAUUUAGAAAUCGAUGCUCUGAAGCAGCAGAAACUGGCCCACUCCGCCGAGCUGGAGACCAUCCUGUCCGCCUUCUCCCGCUUCCGCCGUUCCCUGGAACAGCAGCCCCUGACCGCUGAGGAUGAGCCCCCAGAGCUUCAGCGGCUCCGAGCGCAGUGCGUCCGCCUCAGCCGCCAGCUCCAGGUGCUGAACCAACGGUUUCUGAGGUGCCAGAAGGAGCUGGACAAGCAGCAGGCGCGAGGGGCCCACCUGCACCCUCGUGCAGAGGGCAGCUCCCAGGGACGAGGCCCCGGGGGCGAAGAGGCCUCUGAUGACAAAUCCCUAGAACCUCAGGUCAGAACAUUUAACGGUGAUCUGCAGCCUGCCAAAGCCCCGGUGACGCCAGACCACCCAGGUCCAGACAGACAAGACCGCGUGACGUCUGUGCUCGCGGCCUGCCAAAAGCAGCUGGAGUCUGAGCUGCUCUUGGUGAAGAGUGAAAUGCACUUGAGAAUGGACGACCGUGGCAAAAAUAAAGAGAAACUACUGGAAGAUUGUCAGCUGCAGAAAGUUGGUCUCAUAAGUCAGGUGAAAGAACUUCAAGAAAAGUUGAACCGUCUGGUGCAUUCUGUGAACUUCCAGAACAGUGAGACAGAGGAUUUCAAAUUUCAGCAGCCAUUGGCAUCUUCACAUGCUUUAGAAAAUAAUUUGAGUGACAGUUCCAGUAAUGGUGAAGAAACUGACAAAUUGCCUCUUGUUGAUGCAUUUCAUAUUGAUAAAACCACGUGUGAUCUAAUUGACCUUAGUGGAAAUCAGGAUUCAUUGGUAAGAAAUGAAAUGCCAAAUGUUCCCAUGGAAGAUAGGGUUGAUUUGCAGGAUGGAUCACUUUGUUUACAAGUGAGCCUGCACAGUGGCUCCCAUGACCUAACCCAUACCCAGGAGCCCGGUCCUGUGAAGAACGCACUCAGGGCAAUGGACCUGUCUUCCUGGAGCUCACCUGAGGUUGUCAGGAAGGACUCGACCCUUGAGCCUGCACCCAGCCUGCCCUUGACGCCCUGCUCAGAUGCCCUGAGCUUGGAUGCCUCUGUGCAGGACAGGACAAGUGCCUCACUUCAGGCUGACGAGUUGGACCUGCUUUGGUACCUGGGCGGGUCAGCGGCAGGAAAGGCCUCCAGGUGGGCAGAGUCUCCAUUGGUUGUAGACAGGGCUCCCUCCACUGACCACCAUGUGCAGCGGACGGCCGUGGAGAAAGAUGUUGAAGAUUUUAUUGUAACAUCUCUUGAUGCUCAAGAAAAGCCCAGAUCCUCUCCUGUUGGGUUCGAAGGAAAAAACAGCAGAAGUGAUAAUGGUGAUGGCUUGGGGUUUGGAGACCUGCUGAGCCAAGGUUCGGGAAGACUCGAUGCCCCCACAGCAAGUCCUGUGGUGCUGCUUCCUGCCUCUGGAAGGUUCCCACAGCCGCUGGAAGCCAUGAAGGAGAAGGAAGUCCAUCCGAAACAAGUGAAGGCUUUGCUGCAGAUGGUGUGUGAUGAGAGCCACCACAUACUGGCCUUGUCCGAGUACCGUGGGCCGCCUAGCGCCCUGAGCAAGGGCGAGCCAAGUGCCUCCCUCGAGCGAUUCCCAAGGGAAGGCCCUGGCCUGUUGGAGGCAAUCCCGGCCCUGAGGAGGCACCCGAGCCCCACACUCCUAAAGGGAGAGAAGGAGUUUCCUGACAUGUGCCUCGACUGGAGAGGAGAGUUUCUACAGAUCGUUCAGGAGGCGUUUGGAAAAGAACGGGAGAUGCUGAGGGCCGAGUUGCAGCCCCGGCCCUGCGGCUCUGACCCCGGGGACCACAGCUCCCUGUUGCAGAGGCUAGAGAAGGUGGUCCAGGAGCAGGGAUACCUGCAGGAAAAGUCCUUGGAGCACCUUCGCUUGUCAGACCGGAGCAGCCUGCUGUCCGAGAUCCAGGCUCUGCGCGCCCAGCUGCGGAUGACUCACCUGCAGAACCAGGAGAAGCUGCAGCAGCUGUGUGCGGCGCUGACCAGCGCGGAGGCCCGCGGGAGCCGGCAGGAGCACCAGCUGCGCAGGCAGGUUGAGUUAUUGGCAUACAAGGUUGAGCAGGAAAAACGUAUAGCAAGUGACGUACAGAAAACGCUGAAUGAAGAGCAAGAGAAAGCCAGCAGCGUUCGGAAGCUCCUGGUGGUAGAGCAGACCGUCGUCAGAGACUUAAGAUCUGAGCUCCGCGAGUGUAAACAGGACAACGAGAGGCUGCUGGCAUCCCUCAGCGAGGCACAGAAGGAGGUCCUCCAGCUGAGGUCUGUGUUGGACAGCAAGGAGAGCAACCUGAAGGCCGCGCUGCAGGAGCUGGAGAGCGAGCGCGGGAAGGAGCGUGCCCUGCAGAGCCGGCUGGAGGAGGAGCAGCUGCAGCACCUGCAGAGGGAGGGCCAGAGCUCCAAGACCCUGGAGGAGCUAAGACUCUCUUUGGAGAAGCAGCACGCUCAGAGUAAUAGACUGUGCGUUGCACUGAAGCACGAGCAGACGGCAAAGGACAACCUUCAGAAGGAGCUGCGGAUCGAGGCCUCGCGCUGUGAGGCGCUGCUGGCGCAGGAGCGGAGCCAGCUGUCCGAGCUGCGGCGCAGCCUGGAGGCCGAGAAGGACCGGUCGCUGGAGCUGGCCACGGCCCUGCGCCACGAGCGCCUCCUGACGGAGCAGCUGAGCAGCCGAGCACAGGAGGCCCCGGCGCAUCGCGCUCUGCUGAGGAAGCUGAAGGAAGAGAAGUCCCGCGCGGCGGAGCUGCAGGCGAGGCUGGAGCAGGUGCAGCGGCAGCUGGUGGCCGAUGUGCAGAAGCAGCGUGCAGAGAUCGAGAGGGAGAAGGAGGUAAGGGGCACGCAGACCUCCGCUGUGGAGCCCGCCCAGGCUUGGGAGCCGACAGAGGGGGAGAGUUCCUCACAGCAGCAGGCAGGACUAAAGCGCUCACAGGCGAGGCUGGCUGCACGGGAAGGACACAAGGACGCAAGAAGGAGAGCAGAGACGAGGCCCGGCCGGGCCGACACGGAGAAGAGGCAGGCUCGAGACAAGGAGAGACUGCGAGAAUUGGAACUGCGGCGCCAGCGUGACGAGCACAAGAUCCGGCAGCUCCAGCGGACGGUUCAGGACCUGGAGGCGAAGGAGGAGGCCCGCCAGCGCCAGUGCCCGGAGUCGGCGCGGCUGCAGGAGCAGCGGCUCAGCCUGGAGAAGGUCCGGCAGCAGCUGCUCUGGGCCGCCGGGCUCCUGACCAGCUUCGUCAGCCAGACGGUGGACAGGACAAUUGGUGACUGGACAUCAUCAAAUGAGAAAGCAGUGACGUCCUUACUGCACAUGUUAGAGGAACUCAAGUCUGAGCUGAGCGCGCCCAACUCCUCCCAGAAAAAAAUGCCAGCAGAGCUGCAGGUCCAGCUGGUGGAUGUCCUGCUGAAAGACAAUGACUCCCUCACGAAAGCUCUGUGCACAGUGACCCAGGAGAAGGCUGAGCUGCGCCUGGCGGUGUCCCAGCUGGAGACGUCUCUGAAGCAGCACCUGCUGAAGGGCCGUGUCCGGAGCAGGCCGGACAGGUCUUCAUGGAGGCAAGACAGGACGGUGUCACAGAGCUCACCGCGACAGCCGGAGGCAGGGUUGCCCGCAAGCGAGGAUGCAAACCCCUGCAGCAUGAAGAUGGAAAAACUAUAUCUGCAUUAUUUGAGAGCAGAAAGCUUCAGAAAGGCUCUGAUUUAUCAAAAGAAGUAUCUUUUACUAUUGAUCGGUGGAUUCCAGGACUCUGAACAAGAAACACUCUCCAUGAUCGCUCAUUUGGGAGUAUUUCCUUCCAAAGCUGAUAAGAAAAUUAGCACAUCUCGCCCUUUUACAAAGUUCCGAACUGCCGUCAGGGUUGUGAUCGCUAUAUUAAGACUGCGUUUUUUGGUUAAGAAGUGGCAAGAAGUAGAUCGAAAAGGAGCUGUUGUGCAAGGCCGAGCGGCCCGCCCAGGAUUCCCGAUGCCACGGCAGCAGCCUCCACCCAAAACCAGCACGUCCCCACCAACCCGGGAUGCAUCCUCCAGCCACACUGGGGACCCUGUGCCAAAAGCUUCCCCGUGCAAGAGGGAGAGAUCUGCUCCAUCCUCAAAUUCAAAAUCAGAAAGAUCCCUGACUGCUUCUCAAGACCCUGAACAUUCGUUGACAGAAUAUAUUCAUCAUUUAGAGAUGCUCCAGCAAAGACUGGGCGGGGCACCUCCAGAUUGUACUUCAAAGAAAUCCUGCCACCAGAAAAUUAAACAAUGA